UUUGGUUGGGGCGGCUUGGUGUCCUGCCUGCGGCUCGUGGGGCUCUGUGUGUUUUAUAAACGAGGAGGUCCCUGCAAGAUGGCUUCCUUUUUCCAGUGAGGAGGAAAAGGAGCUUGCAGGUGCCGUUACGUACGUGGCUGUCCUGACGAAGCCGUGGUCAGUCUCCGAGCACCCAUUACCUUUGGCUGGCUCCGCUGGGUGCAGUUUGUAAGAGACUGAUCUUCCCUCAAUGGACAGUAAUGGGUCUGGCUUGGGAGAAGGUGAUGGGCAGGCCACCUUUCAAAACCUCAGUGGUGAAGAUAAAAGGCAGUGGCAGCAGGAGCGCCUAAAUAGAGAGGAAGCCUAUUACCAAUUCAUUAAUGAACUCAGUGAUGAAGACUACAGGUUAAUGAGAGACUGCAACAUCCUUGGGACUCCAGGAGAAAUAACAGCAGAUGAGCUGCAGCACCGUUUGCAAGGCGCAAAGGAGCAUCUGGUAUCCCGAUCUGAUGCAGAAACUAGAGAAGGAGAGACAGUUAGAUAUUCUGAGACUCUCGGGCUAAACCCAGCUAGUGACUCUCUGCCAGAAUGGCAGAAUAUGUUCCGUCGUGCAGGAAAUUCUACCCACAGUGAACAGCGGGGGAACCAGCCUUGGAGAGCUGUGAGCCGGGUGAGCCCAACUAACAGAGGAUUCCAGUUUAGUCUUGAAAUAAAUAUAGAUCAUGAAUAUAAUGGUGGGGACGGUCCCAGUGAAGAAUUUGAUGGCAUCUCACAUGGCUACACGAUCAGAAGCCAUGCAGAAAAUACACCUCCAAUAGCAGAUAGCCCAAUAGCCAGCCGGACUAGGAGCAGGGUACUGAGAGAGACAUUUAGCCAUGCACUUGCCACCUCUAGAAGUGGUAGCGAAAGUGGUUCGGUGGUACAAAAUGGUGAAGAAACACCUCGACUUUUCUCGGGCAGACACAGCAGCAGAAACAGCAGGUCAGCAACACACAACACCUUUUUAGAUGACAAUGAACACAACAUUAUCAGGCAGAGGAGAGUACCAAGAGUUCCAUCAGUGACCCUUCACAGCAGGAGAGCCAGAGCUAGAAAUUGGAGGAGGACAAGACAAAGAUCAGAAGCGUUAAGGAGUCAAAGCCAGACCCUGUUGGAAGGACAGCAACGUAGGGAUACUCAGCAAAUCCAAAGGAGGUCUAGAAGGGUGCAUACAGUCCAUUCUCCCCCACAGCAAGGUGAAGUGCAAGUGCCAUCACUAGAUAUAAUUGUGGAAGAGGAGGCAUCUGGGAGAUCCACAACCAUACUUAGAAGACAUCCUGCUAUUACAUUAGACCUCCAGGUAAGAAGAAUUCAUCCUGGAGCAUUCAGAGAUCAGCAAAGGAUCGGUGUAAGAACUCCCUCAGGAGGAGGCACAGCAGAAAACUUGGUCGCUUCUGAAAACAAUAGUGAGGGUUUUCAUUGGACCAUUUUACAGCCUGAGUACGCAGGCAUGCAAACUUAUGGUAGUGCCAUACGUAUACCUCCUCGCAGGAUAUCAGAAACUGGGCUCGGGGAGUCUUCAUCGGUGGCUGUUAGAUCAAUCAUAAGGCAAAUUAUGACUGAGUUAGGAGAGCUAAGCUCAUUAAUAGACAUUGAGUCAGAUCAUGAAAUUCAGAGGGGUGUUCAGCACUUAUCCGAGAUGCAGUCAGAGCUGUCUAACUUCCAAAGUCUAAACAGUAUCAGUGAAUUCAGAGAAGCGUCACUCGGAAGCAGUCCUGCUCAACAGGAUAGGAGGGAAUGGCAUGGAGAGACCAGUGCUCUGCAGCGUGGCCAUCAUGGUGAUGGUGGAACUCAAGAUCCCAGUCAGUUUCAAGAUGCAGACAAUUUACCUGGAAAUGGGACACUUCCCAUUCUUCGACUCGUGCCUGAUCUUUUGUUAGAUGACUUUAUCACUGACCGCUUGAGGGGAUUAACCAAAGACCAAAUGGACAGUCUUUCCACUCGCAAUUAUGGGGCCACCGGUGCAGAGGAGGGUGAAAUAAGUAAGACCUGUAGUGUAUGCAUUAAUGAAUAUGUGGUGGGAAGCAAGCUCAGGCAGUUACCAUGCAUGCAUGAGUUCCAUUUUCAUUGUAUUGAUCGUUGGCUUUCUGAAAAUUCCACUUGUCCGAUCUGUCGGCAAUCUGUAGUAACCUAAUAUCACAGAUGGUGGAGAACUCCUCAAAUUCCUGACCCCACUGAAUCCAUUGGAAGCUGGCUGAUAUUUCAGUACCAUUUUGAAUAAGGGGAAGGGAACUGAUGUUUACAACUGGAGAAAAUCUGACUAUGUUUGGGAAUGAACAAAUCUCUUUUUCUGGGUAAAGUGCACAUAUAAGAGCAAAUGUCAUUCUAAUGACCUUCAUAUAAAAUUAUAAUUUUCUUUUGGCUUCCAAAGCAUAGAAAUGUAAUACCUUGUGCUGAUG